CAUGCCGCACAUAUCGAUACCAUCUAACACUAAAAGUUAUAGAGGGCUACUGUUGCUUUGAUUCAACGUGUCGAGUCAUGAGUUUUUGAAAUGUUUGCAGCAGCCACCAAGAACUUUGUGAAGCAGGUUGGGGACACCGGCCGGCUGAUUCCCGUCCCGAGCCUUAGCGAGGCCGACCGAUAUCAGCCCCUCAGCCUGGUGACCAGGAAAAGGAGGAGGUAUUUCUGGAAAAAGAACAAAUAUGGCUCGACACCAUUCUCGCUCAAGGACAUACUUGUGGGAGAAAAGGAGAUCACUGCAGGAGUGUCCUCUUACCAGCUUCUCAACUAUGAAGACAAGUCAGACGUGUCUUUAAACGGCCGUCUGGGCAACCACCUGUUUCACGAAGUGGGCGUCAACAUCAGCGGUUCGGACUCCGUGGCGGUCAAAGCGUCCUUUGGGGUUGUGACCAAACAUGAGGUGGAGGUUCCGACCUUACUACGGGAGCUGAACUCGAGAAAAGUGGACCUGGAUCACUGUCUGAUCCGUCAGUCUAAGGACAGUGGACGGACGGUACUGUGCGUCGUCAUGGAGAGUAUUCGCACCACACGACAGUGUUCUCUCACUGUCCAUGCUGGCAUGCACGGUGCUACCAUGCGGUUUCAGAUAGAUGACAUCCAUAAUCCCAGAGGCCGUGACAAAUCCAUUGUAAUUCCCGCCCACACCACCAUAGCCUUCAGCAUCUUUGACCUUUACGUGCGACUUGAUGGACGUCUCGAUAUCUGUGUAGCACCGGAGUCUGUUGGAGGCUUUGAGAAAGAACAGAUGCGUGAGCAGCUCGGAGGAUUCAUUGGCAGGUUUUCAGUCGGCAGGCUGCGAAGGUUCCUCUCAGGAAUCAUUUAUGGGAACCCCUUCAGAGCAGACGACAGAACCUUCGAAGAGCUCACACACUCUGACCUGUACAUGGACGACGUGGUGGAUUACUAUGAGAAGGCAGCCAGCAUGACUGACCUGUCCACAUCAUACCUGCAUGAAGACAAGCACACCCGAGUUAACCUGCUCAACCAUAACGUCCCCAAAGGCCUGUGUGCUCUCUGCAGCAAGUCCCACCAGCGCCGAGAGACAGUCUACGGCUGCCUUGAGUGCUCCUCUGGUGGGCAGAAGUAUGUGCGCCUACAUGCUGUGCCAUGCUUUGACCUGUGGCACAAAAGCUUACGGUGAGGACUCCAUGUGCUGAAGAAUUACAGAAUGUGAAUACAGAUUAUAUUUUGAAAAGAUCUAGGGAUAGGCCAGCACCAGGGAUCUGGUACUUAAAUAUUCCACGUGUGUCUUCAGUUCAAUUCAAUUCAAGUCGUGUAACAUUUUUAACAAGCAUUACAGAAAUUCAGAUCCCUAAUGAACAA